AUGUCGCAAAAGUUUCGCAUAACCCUAGAAACCGCGAUCACGCUUACACAGCAGUUUCAGUUAACUCUUGCUACACCCGUUACGCAAACGACCAAUCAACUUUCCGGACAAGAUGCCCUUCCCCUCCUUUCGGCCUCGUCUACGGCCUUGAAAUCCCAAGUCACCAAGCUGUCGCUGCUUACGAUAACCUCCCCGUUCACCCAUUCGGCUGUCACCAGUGUUCUUUCUGACAUCAACGAGUCGGCGCUGCCCUCGCUAGUAACUGCCGCCCUUCUGGUCACCCCGAUCGAGCACACCCAGGCCUUUCAGACCGAAGUCUUGGUUCUGACGAAAUCCACUCUGACGGAAUUCGCAUCGCUGCUCAAAGAGGUCCAUUCUGUUGCAAACCGAGAAGAUGAAGCAACGGACGCUCCCAAACAGAAGCGGGGAUUGUCCCAAUCGGAAAAGGACGUGGUUACUGUAGCUGCAGGGCGCGUGUGGGAAGCUUGCGAUGCGCUUGUUGAUUUCGCCGCCAAGGGAGUUGUUGGAUUUGUGGUCAGACGCGUGGAGGAAUGGAGGGACCUAGUCCGAGACGCGGUGGAGGAGAUCGAAGAGUGGGACCCGGAUGAGGAAGGAGAUGAGUUUUUCGACGAUCUUUUGAGCGACGGCGGACAGGAUACCCCUGGAAAGAACGGGCCUGAGGAGGAUGAGGACGACGAUGACGAGGAAAGCAGCGCUGCCCUCCAUGAGAACAAGAAGAACGCCAUUCGAAUUCUCAAACCCGUCGCGCAGAUUUACCCCGCCAUUAUCAAAAACCGUCUGAAAACCGCCCCCGAACUAUCACCGCCUCUCAUCGGUAAACUGGAAAACUUAAUGUUGAAUCUGCGGCGAAUUCCUGAGAAUGUCGACGAAGUCGCCGGGGCCCUAUAUGAGGCCAACUUCACAAAAUCCAAUAAGUAUCUGCGAACAACGAAGGACCACGCCAUAAAGGCUAUAGAGACCGUCGCUUCACCGUGGACGUCAAUUGAUUCUUCUGAUCCGGGACAUGAAUCGAAGGACAAAUUUGAGACCUGGUCAAAGACGUGGUUGAAAGUGGUGAGCGAGGUCAGCAAGACCCUCGUCAACACGGGAGAUCAGGGCGAAAAAUGA